GUUUGAUGCACGCCCUUUAUGUAUGUGUGUGUUUCCUUACUAGGCAUUAUGUGCUCAAGCACUUUUACGCAGCGCUGCCAGCUGCACGGAACGUGCAGAACCAUUAUGGGUCUCCGGUACGCCCUAACCAUCCCUGCGGUUGUGCUGCUGAUCUUGGCAAUAGUCGGGAUCCUGCUGGUGGUCCUUCCGACUAAAGAGAUUGAGAUGCCUCCUGAAAACAUGUAUGGAAUCGUUCUGGAUGCAGGCUCAUCUCACACCUCCAUGUAUAUCUACAAAUGGCCAGCUGACAAGCUAAAUGGCACUGGGAUUGUUACCCAGCACAGCGAGUGUCAUGCAGAAGGUGGAGGUAUAUCCAGCUAUGCAGGUGUUCCUGGUGGUGCUGCAAAAAGUCUGGAGGCCUGUCUGGAACAAGCUGCGAAGGAUAUACCCAAAUUCAUGCACCAACAAACUCCACUCUAUCUGGGUUGUACUGCAGGCAUGAGGCUCUUGAACAUAGUCAAUGCCACAGAGUCCCAGCAGGUACUGAAGGAAGUGAAAAACAAACUGCAGUCUUACCCUUUCGAUUUUAAAGAGGCAACCAUCCUGAGCGGACAGGAGGAGGGGGCAUAUGGCUGGGUCACAGUCAACUACUUACUUGAAAACUUUGUCAAGUGUGGUUUUGUCGGGCGUUGGCUGAAUCCAGGCAGAGAGACAAUUGGAGCUUUGGAUUUAGGCGGAGCUUCCACUCAGAUUACUUUUGAGACCUCGGAAGAGGUGGAGGACAAGCAGAACGUGAUGGCGCUGGAGCUUUAUGGAAAAAACUACAAAAUAUACACUCAGAGUUUCCUGUGCUAUGGCCAAGACCAGUUCCUGAAGAAGCUACUGGCUCAUCUUAUCAUGACUGAAGGUGUGAAACCCGAAUUGAACCAUCCCUGCUAUCCACAACAGUUCAAAACAUCUAUCAAGCUGGGAGAGGAUGUGUUUGACUCUCCAUGUACUAAAAAGUACAGACCAGCCCAGUUUGACCCCCAGAUGUCUAUAUCAGUAGUGGGCACAGGAAAUUACCAGAACUGCCUAUACAACAUAAAAAACAUGUUCUCCUUUGACAACUGCUCUUACUCCAAGUGCUCCUUUGAUGGAGUCUUCCAGCCCAAUGUGAGAGGAAGCUUCAUGGCAUUCUCUGCCUUCUUCUUCACUCACAGCUACAUCAACCGCCUCACUAACAUCCCCAUCACGUCACCCAGUCGACUAGAAGAGGCAAUCCGUCUCAUCUGUAACAUGACCAUCUCUGAGAUGACUGAAAAGACAAAUCAGUCAGAGAAAUACAUGAAGAAUGUCUGCGCCGUCUCCAAUUUUGUCCAGGUCAUCUUAACAAAGGGCUACGGUUUCAAUGAGCAUUCCUUUCCUUCCAUCUCUUUUCAGAAAAAGGCAGGAGGAGCAUCUGUAGGCUGGGCUUUGGGGUACAUGCUGAGUCAGAGCAAUAUAGUCCAAGCAGAGAGCCUUGGACUGAUGAAGGCCCUGCCAUCAGGUCCCUGGACUGGCAUUCUCUUCCUCUUCAUCACCCUCCUCCUCAUUGCAGUGGGAUAUCUAAUAAUGAUCUACAGAACUAGAAAUAGAGAAGCCAUGGUGUAAGAGCAUGGGUGACACACUCCCUAGUCCAAUUCAUAUUUCUCUAUUGUACGCAUAUGUCCGUCAAAACAUUUCUGUUUCUUUUGAAAAAAAAAUGCAAGAACAUUUUAGAUUUUGUUGCACUUUAUUGUGUGUGUGUGUGUAUGUAAGUGAAAUCAACAAAUCAGUAAAAUGUGUGCACAAUUUUCUUUGCAAAUCCACAAACUUUCUGCUUGCCUCUUUAGAGGAGUGUGUGUAAAAUGAAACUCCAGAAUAAAUGAUUUUUUUGUAAA